UUCCUUCUUCUUUUAGGUGGCACGUCAUGCUCCUUGCUUGUUGCUGUUGGGAAACUGGUUGCUUGGGAGCUGGUGGCCACUGGCAAUUGAGUAUGCUAUUGAAGUGGAAGCAAAGAAACCAGCCUCACCUCUCCCCAUAUAAUCCACCAAAGAGCUCGUGUUGCUCACGGUCCAGAUCCUUGUCCUUGUGGAGAAGCCAUCCUUAUUGCAGGCUGCUCCGCCGUCCGGCAUGGCUGCGGUCUCUGACCGUGCGGAGGUCGACACUGCCCGCCCGUUCCGGUCCGUCAAGGAGGCGGUUGCCGUGUUUGGGGACCGCAUCCUCGUCGGCAAAAGCCACUCCAGGCCCAUUGCCAAUGCCAAUGCAAUUGCCAUUGCCACCCCUAGUGCCAAGCAUGAGGCUAGCAGUAGUAGCAGUACCAUCACCCUUUCUCCAAACGCAAUGGCAGAGUCUGAGGCAGAGGCAAUGGCAGCCGUUGUGCCGAUGUACUCAGCGCCGUCCUCGCCGCCGUCGUUGGCAUCGUCGCCUUCGCCGAGCAAGGAGGACGGCAAGCGCCACUACGGCCGCGACGACGAGGCGGGUCUCGUGAUCAUGCGCUCCAUCGAGAAGCUGGAGGCGGAGGUGGCCGACACAAGGCAGGAGGUGGCGCAGCUCAGGAAGCGGGGGUCUGAGAUGGAGAUGGCUGUGGCCAGCCUCAACGCGCAGCUCCACAGGGGCCUCUCCAAGCUCGCCGAGAUGGAGGCCGACAAGGCGGCGUCGGCGACGGGGCGGCGCAGCAUCGGAGGCGAUACCGACGUGGCAUCCACGGUCAGGAGCGAACGGUACUGGGGCGACAAGCUCGGCGCGCACGAGUACCUGCCGUCGUUCUCGCACGCGCUGAGCCUCGGCGAGGUGGACGACGACGAGCUGAUCAGCGGGAGGAGGAGGAAGGCGCAGAAGGUGAAGCCCAUUGUUCCCCUGAUUGGUGACAUCCUCUUCUCCAAGAGGAAGAGCACCAAGGACAAGGGUGAUGAUGGCUUCUACAGUGGUGAUCUCUACAGUGUGCUAGGCUAGGCUGAUCAUCAGGGAAGUGCCUUGUGUGUGCUCAACUUGUGGCUGCUUGAUUGUGUGCAAUCUCUUUUUUCUUCUCCUUGAAUGUUUUUCUUUUCUUUUUCUGAAGCUCUUGUUUGUGUGCCUUGUGCAGGGGAAUUUGUGUAAAUGUACAAAAAAGUGGUGAUGUAUCUUCAGAUCAUGAAUGGAAAAGUGUGUGAUUG